GUACGGUAAAGUGAAGCUCACGUUCAAUUUUUGUCAUCAUGCUUGAAAACAGCACGGUGACAGUGGUCGCAGACAUAUUCUUCAGCAAAAGAGCUACAUCCGAAGAAAUCGUCCAUUGUUGCUGCUCCAGAGCAUUUGUGCAUGAUCGGGAGCUGUAUCGCUCAGAUAAUAGACUCCUUUCAAAGGACCAGGCAAACGCUGCUAUCCAAGAAGCGAAAAAUGAAGAGGAAGGUGACGAGGAAGAUGACUUUUUUGAUGAAGAGGCUCGUCUGAUGGCUAGCAUGGGUCUGCCUCUUGCAUUUUCCAGCUCUUGCAGCCAGCAGAAAAAGGAAAACAGAGCGACCAAACGACCUGUUACAUAUGAGACAGAAUUGCAUGAAGAAGAAAAGGAAGAUGUGCAGUAUACCAAUAAAGACAUUAGUGAUCCUGUGGAGGCAGGACUGAAGACAGAGACCCUGGAAGAAGCGGUGGAGGCCCCACUUGCCAAUGAUGCUGGCUGGGAGACAUAUUGGGCUCAACAAGCUGAAUCGCUUCUGUGGAGCAGCUGGGCGGAGAAGCAUGCUGAUCAGUUGCAAUCAUCAGAAAAUUCCAAAGGUGUAACUGCUCCAUGGGACGACCCCAACACAAAGGGUGCCUGGGAUCAACACACCACAGACAUGUACUAUUACUAUUGGGAACAUUACUCAUACUGGGCAGCACAGGGCUGGACCAUUGAUUCAUCUUGUGAGAAGAACACUCAUGAAGAAACAAGAGCUGAGGGGAUGGAUGGAGGCAUGAGGAUGCACCCAGAGGGAUGGUUGGAUGAAAAGACUGGUGAUGUUGAAGUUUUAAAUGACCUCCUUCAACAGAACUGCAUUUUAGAGGCAAGUGGGAACAUUUCACCGGACUCUGAAACAACCACACAGUGUUCAGAUAUGGCCAAUAUUGCAGAGCAACAAGCAGGAGACUUGUGUAUUUCUGAGCCUUCUGAUGUGGUAAAUCGUAGCAAGAAAUCCAAUGUUUCCUCAUGCCAGGACACAACAAAUCACACAGGUUCCCAACAGGCUGCUGGCAGCCUUCACGUACAUUUGGGUUCUACAAAUUGGGUAUUAAACAGCAAAGAUGAUGGUGAUGAUGAAAAUCCCUCGAGAAGAGGACCCAGUAAAGUAAAACGCAGUCAUGAAUUUGAUGUGGAGGAAAACCCACACCUAACGUGUGAUCAAGCCUGGAGAAAAGUUGGACUCAAACACAAUCCAGAGUCACAAUUUGACAGUGUUUUUAACUUUAAAGAAAGUUCAUCUCAUAAACGUCAGAGGCGGUGGUCCGCUAAGAGAACUGGCAGCAAUAUGAACAAACACAUCAGAUUCAUUGAGACAGAUGAAGAUGGAACACAGCCACAAUGCAGCACCACCCUCCAAAAAGUCCAAAACUUCCUUGAGCAGAGCAAGAGUGAGGCACGUAUGCCUCUUAACAAGAAAGAAGAGUAUGAACGAGGAAGCAUGCACUCUGUGGAGAAGCUUCCAACUUUAGGUUCAUCUGACAAAAACAAUCAAUCUAGUGAGAAGUUUGCACAUGGAAGUAAUCACUCCAUGGAUAAGGAGAGUCCUGCUUUGCUGGACACCGAUAAGAAAAUCUGUCAGGCAUGUCCAAGGAAGGAGCCCAUUCGGCUUCUCAAAUGUAUGGAAAUCCCACACUUUCUCUUGCCUGACAGACCUUUAGGCAAUGGUGAGGCAAAGAAGCCAAAGAAGAGUAAGCACUGGAGGCAGCGGCAAGUACCGGAAAACAUGAUAACAGAACCAGGCCUCGCCAAAUACUGGGCUCAGCGCUACAGACUCUUCUCUCGCUUUGAUGAAGGAAUCAAACUGGACAGAGAGGGCUGGUUUUCUGUGACACCAGAAAAGAUUGCUGAGCACAUCGCCCUCAGAGUUGAGUCCAGCCUUUCCAACACACAGCUGGUUAUUGACGCCUUUUGUGGAGUUGGAGGAAACUCAAUCCAGUUUGCACUCACUGGGAAAAGAGACGUCACACUGGGAAAGUCGCCACUGAGAAGACGCUGUGCCACCUGGGGGACGGGUUGGGAGAAGAACAACAGAUUUUUCGGAUUUUUCCGACGGCCACUUCUGACACGGAAGCUCUUUUCGAAGAAGUGAACGUCUCACAAUCAAGUGAAGUGACUGGGGCAAUAUUACCCUAUCGUUUCAAGCCAUAUUUAGAUGAUAUGGAGAUCACUUCUAACUACCAACAGACUCUCCUGGAGUAUGUAUGACAGUACGUAGCGUACGAUGAGUGUAUGAGGACCCAUGCUGGGCAAAGUGCCCAGACACCGGUGGCCUCCAGCUCUGUGUCCGAUCCACCUCUGCGCCGCCACCGUCAUCCCCACAACUGUUAGUUUUUUUAAUCUCUAUACACACCUACCUGUAAUUUGGAACCCACAAAGCUCUUGUCCUUUGCACCUGUGCAAUCGAUUUUUCACGACGAACCGGGUCUUUUGGAAACGUGAAGAGUGAAUCCAUUCUCCCUCGUGCUCGAGCAAUAUCCAGCAAUACAACAAGAUGGCAUUUUGGCUAACACACAGGAAAAAACAGCUACUUUCCCGCUGUUAAAACUGAUAUCAACACACGAACUUGCCAGUGUGGGCAUCUGGAAAAAACGUAACUUCCUGCUUCUUCUCCAAAACAAAGGCCAUCAGAGGAUUUUCAUGGUGGGAGAUACAAAAAUAAAAUACACGAUAACAUCAUGACCUGUGGUAAAAAAAAAAAAAACGGAUGGGUCCAUUCCGGCUGCCUUUUUUUCCAUUUAAAAACAUACUAAAAAUCAUGCUUUACGUGUCGGUGGCACUUUAAGUGAAAUCUGUGGAGUAGAAGUUGAUUUUUUUUUUUUUUUUUUAAAUAAUUUUUAUACACUUCCCUUAUUACAGGGAGUCCUCGAUCUACAAAUGAAAUCCCUUCCUCCGGUGGUGGUAUAACCCAAAUUUCCGCAUCAGUCGGAUUUUACCAUUAGUCAAAAUUUACGAUGACAGCUGGGAUUGGCUCCAGCACUCCCGCUGCCCUCAUGAGGAUAAGUGGGUUAGAAAAUAAGUGUGGGUGGGUACUUUGUAUAAAAACUAAUAUACUGUAUAUUAAAAUAAAAAAAUAAGAUGCCGUACUUACCAUUACGGCGAGAGGUAGAUGGCGAAGAAGGAGGGAAGGCUGAACUUAGCUAUUGCUAAGGAAGCAUGGGCAUGUAGCCCUUGCCUAUCGGUUAAUUCCUCCUCAGCGUCCUUGCGUUUCAGCUCUUUCAAAGUUAAGGAAAAUACGCCGUGCCUUUUCCCUUAAUGAACAUUGGGCUGAUAUUAAAGGAACAUUCCGCUUAUUUGGAUUAACAAUGUAUCCGAUAGGUCAUGUCAUGUACUGUACCUUGGAAAUUUGAGGUUAAUCCUCUAUCAUUUAAUGGUGUUUUGAGAAGAUUUUUAUCGGCAAUAUGAUAUCCUGCAUUGUUAUUGUAUUUCAUUCUAAAUUCACAUUUAGGGAUUGAGUGAAUAAUCAAAAAUGGAGAAAAUCAUGAAUCAUCAAACUUCAGGAAUUAUGAGAGCGUCCUAGUUAAUUCUGUUCCACAAAAGCCUUUCAAAAAUCUACCUAAACUACCGCUGAGUUUUGUUUUUGGUUUUGUUGUCUCAUUUUUUUUUAAUGUGUCUGUGAGAGAUUGUCCACAAAUUUGAAUGAAAAUUGUUCUUGUAUACUCAUGUUCACAUGUGCUGUGUUUUAC